CUCUGUCGAAAAGGAAGAAGAACUAAGGCGCGUGUGCCGGCGGAGUUCCGUGACUUCCUUCGUACAAACGCACCCAGCGCGUUUCUCUGUCCACUUUUCUUGUGGUUUUUCGCGAGCCGCACAUGCAUGUCUUCUUGUCUCUUCCGAAGAUUCCCUUUCUUUGCUUCUCUCUUUCUUCAGUCCCUUUGCCUGUGCGGACGGACUCGGAGGUCUCUCUGUCUUCUAGGUGGCUCUGAAAGCCUGGUCGCGCGCGCCUGCUCCCGCCCUCUGCGACACUCGGCUCCCCUGGCUUCCUCUCGUAGUUGAGUGUCGACUCACAGCAGAAUACAAUCCGUGAGGGGAGGAAAUAGCUCUUGCAGAGAAUCGAGCAGCUCGAUGUCUUGCAGAACCUGGCGCCUUUCCUCUCCUUCGUCGAAUGUGCGUUCCUCUUCUUCGCCAUGUUUCUUUGAAAAACGCGAACACGAUCAAAUUGUUGUUUGUUUCUUCCAAGGUUGCCUCCAACCCGCGAACGGCCUCCCGACGCCUCAAGACUCCCAUCUGCGUGUGUCUCAUCUUUGUCUCCUCUUCUUUCGUCUCCCGGUCUCUCACUUUGUACUGCUCCUCCGUGCUCUCCUCGCAUCUUCGUUCCACGCUUCGCUUCCCGUCCUCGCUCCUCCCCUCGGUUGUUGUUGCUGCUCUUCGUCUCUCGUCAAAAGACGUCUCCGCCGGGUCAGACACGAGGAGGAAGUUUGUGUCGCUGUGUCUUCCCUGCACUCUCUCGGCUGCAGGGAAACUGCAUGCGUCGGAAACAUCGAUUCCCCGCCUUCCUGUGGACAUUCUCCGAGCUUCCAUCACAAGCGGGGCACUUCACCAUGGCGAGCCCGCCUCUUAGAGAGCCGAAACGACAGUGACUUGUCUUGGGAACACUCUUGCCUUCGGUCGCGGUCUCAGAGUGUACGUACACUGGAGGCGUCGCAUGCAGACGCGCCAGAAGGCAAUUUCACCCCCAACCAGCAGGUGCCGCAGGGGAAGCAGGAACAUUUUGCGGUUUCAAUGUGCAACAGCUGAAGCAGGCGCAAGGCGAGCGGUCUUCUUGCUCUCUUUACCUCGGCUUUUUCCUCUACGUUCGUACAUAUGUCUGCACAGAUACAACUUGAUUUGCAUGUGAGGGGACGUAUCUCUACAUGAUUGUUUGUGGAGACAUGGUAUAUUUGAGGUACAAGGGCCUUUCCAAUUUGAAGCAGAAGAAGCGAAUUUGGGCGUCUUACAGGCGUGCUUUAGACGCCUCAUUUUAGAGGGGCAAGAGACGAAGAAACGAACUAGUGGCUGCGAGGCCGAAACAAAGAUCAGCCUUCUUUCCUCAUGCAUGCCUUCACCUGUCAAAAUGAAUGCCGCCGGGUCGAACGUCAGCAAGGAGUUCUUCCAUCUGAUCAAGGCCAUUGGGGAGGCCAGGUCAAAACAGGAAGAAGAUCGAAUAGUCGCUAACGAGAUCGCCACUUUGAAGGUUAAACUCAACGAACCGAAUAUCUCGCAGCACAAGAUGCAGGAGCUGUUAAUUCGGAGUUUGUACGUCGAGCUCCUCGGCCACGACGCUUCCUUCGCCCACUUCCACGCUGUGAAGAUGACAAAUCAAACGAACAACAUAAAAGCCAAGAGACUCGGCUACUUGGCGUGCAAUCUCUUUCUUAGCGAGGACAAUGAACUGAUGCUUCUCCUCAUCAACACGAUCCAAAAGGACUUGGCUUCGCCGAACAUUUUGAACGUUCAGUCUGCGCUGCACUGCGUGGCGCGUCUGCUAACACCCGAGAUGCUUCCCGCACUGUUGCCUUCGCUCUCCUCGCUACUGCAGCACUCGCAUGCAGCCGUGAGGAGGAAGGCGGUGAUGGCUGUUCACAAGGUUCUGGAUUUGAAAGAAAGAGAGCAAGAAAGGCGAGCGAAGCUGGCGCAACAGAAGGGAUCUCGCGCGUCUUCGGUCGACGAGGACUUCGAGUCCGAAGUCAUGGAAGGUUUGCGCGAGAAGAUGCGUCGCGCCUUGUGCGACUCAGAUCCGUCUGUCAUGGCUGUCUCUCUGCAUGUCAUUCACCGACUGGCGGCGAAGAAUGUGGCGGCUUGGAGAGACCUCGUCUCCUCCCUCGUAUCCAUCUUGAAGCAAAUCAUCGACCGGAAACUCCCCAAAGACUACGAGUACCACAGAGUCCCCGCCCCGUGGAUUCAGAUCAAGAUUCUGUCUCUCCUGUCAACGCUGGCUGCCGGCGACCAGAGAGCUUCUGAGGAAGUCUACGAACUUCUGCAGGAAGUCAUGCGUCGUGCUGAUGCCGCGGGAGUGAAUGUGGCGUACGCGGUAAUUUACGAAUGUGUCAGGACCAUCGCGGCCCUUUAUCCGUAUCCCAAACUUCUGGACAUUGCCGGCUGCAGCAUCAGUCGAUUCAUCUCUGCAGAAAACAACAACUUGCGCUACGUCGGUGUCACGGGUCUCGCCGCAGUUGUGCAAGUAUCGCCGGCGUACGCGACGCAGCAUCAGCUCGUCGUCGUCGAUUGCCUCGAAGACAGCGACGAUACUCUCAAGAGAAAGACUUUGGACUUGCUGGUGAAAAUCACAAAUCCCGUGAACGUAGCUGUCGUCGUUGAAAAACUUCUAGGACACUCGCGGGCCACCGUUGACGCCCACCUGCGAGCAAAUUUAAUUCAAAAGAUCAUCAUGCUCGCCGAGAGAUACUCGCCGGAUCCGCGCUGGUUUUUGGAGACGAUUUUGUGCGUCUUGGAGGUGAGCGGGCCUUCGCUGCCGCUCGCGUCCGGAGGGAACGCAGGGGCGCGGCGGUGCCUCUCGGGUGGAUCGACAGCUGGGAACCUGGCGGCAGGCCUCUGCUACUCGACGGCGUACUCGCUGCUGCAACUUGUCGCGGAGGGACCGACAGACGACGAAGAGUCUGACAAAGCGUUUCGCGAGUACGCUGUCAACGACAUGGUCGCUCUCCUCGAGCGCAAAAAGCUCGUCAUCCCCGACGUCUUGAUGCAGGUCAUCAGUUGGGUCCUCGGCGAGUUCGGUUGCUACUACCACGCAGGGGAAUCCGUCAUUGAUCUGCUCGCGUCCUGCCUCGAAAGGUCGUAUGAAGAUCCGACGACGCAGGCGUGGAUUUUGACCGCGAUUCUGAAGCUCUGCGUUUUUUAUGGGCGCUGCGCGUCGGUCUCGACAGUGGAUGCGGGAAGCGAUCCGAGUAAAUCUUCGCGACCCAGAGGUAUUUCUUGCGGCCUUCUUCAUCUUCUGCAGAAACAACAGAGACAGCUAGUGACGCCUCCAGAAGUUCAGGAGCGCUGCUUUCGUGGGCUCCUCCUCCUCCAGAUGGUCUCUUGGCAGGUCCUGAGAGAAAUCUUCCCUUUCGACGCCUCGACAGAAGAUGUGCAUGUCGACCGAAACCUGCCCUUCCUCAACGCGUUCGUGGAAGAGAGCGUGGCGGCGGGAGGGAAGAGAUACGUUUCUCGUCAUCAGCGUGUGAAGGAGGAAGGCGACAGGGCGGUCUUUGCGGCACCACCGAAACAGCCUGAGACGGUGGCGCCCUCGUUGAACUUUGCGCCCUACGCGCCUCCGCGGGCGCCUUCGGCGGCGGUCGUUGGUGCCCAAGCGCGCGGCGCGGAGGGGAUGUCUCCUUCGGGCAUGAACGGCGCGGCGGCGGUUAGAGGGCCAGAGGAGGCGGCAGAGAAGGAGGGCGGCUUUCAGGUGCACGGUCCGCGGCGGUGGGGUCCCACAGGGUACCGAUCAGCGGCUUCGUCUGUCGUCUCCACGACGCCUGGUCCUUCUGCAGAUCCUGCAGACAGUUCGUCUCGCGCGUCUUCUUCUCCGCAAGCGGCGGCAAGCGUCGAGACUGCGGGGCGACAGCCACUCGCGUCCCACCAGCCGCGCGCCAUGACCGCCAGAGAGCUGACUGCAGCUGCGCUCUUCAGUGGCACCGCGGCCGCGCCUGUCACCCGCGGAACGAGGUCGGGAGGCGCCUCCUUCGCAACCAGCAGCUUGCCGCGAUCGCCUGUGUCUUCCAGCAGCUCUGGAGGACGCCGCGCCGCGGAGGUCGAGGGCCGAGAGGCGCAGGCUCGGCGCGCGAGCAGAGGAGCCGGCAGCGAAGACGCCCGGGGGGAGGCUAGCGAGCGAGGCGGGUCGCCGGCGGCGGACGUCGCGACGUCUUCCGUCGACUUGCUCGAGCUCGAGUCGCCGGGAGGCGGGACGGAACCGCAGCCGCAUGGAGACAGAGAGGACAGGCGCAGCGCAGGGAGGAAGAGCGAGAAGCGAGAGACCGCAUGUCUCAUCGAUGUCCUCUCCCUUGACUUCUUGCAAGACGGCCCAGAGGCCGCAAGCAACGGCGAGCACGCAGACAAAGGCCGCAGAACGGUUGCCAGCCUGCUUCCUCUUCACACGUCCACUGCGGAGGUGGGGGCGCGAUGGGCAUCGUUGCCUGGCGAAGCUUCCCUGAGCAUCCCUUGUGUCUCUGCCUCUGGGGUCACGCGCUCGUGUCAAGAAUUCCUCACCAACGUUCUUCAGCAAGCAAUUGCACUGCAUGUCGUUGAAGUGAUCGGCGAUGAAGCCAUAGCGGCGGCACAGACACCUCUCGGAGGCGACGGUGUGGUGUACGUACACCUCAAAGUGAAGGACCAAGUCGCGUCAUUCAUUAUCAAGGCUUCGACGGCGCAGCUGGCGGAGGCUGUAGCGGCGGCAUGCCAAAGGCUCUGAGUGCGCAUGCAGCGCUUUGUUUCUCUCUUUGCUCGUCCAGGCCUCUACUUCCGUCCGAGAUUCCCCUUCUCUGUCUGUCUUCCUCGCGACCUCUCUGUCUUCUGCGUCGAUCAACCGCGCUAUCGGUGUCUACGAACUGACCCGUCUGAGUUCCGCUGUCGUUCUGUGCACUCGGUCUUGUCUGCGGAUCCUCGCUGGCAGCGCGGGAGCACGAAUUUUCUCUGUUCGUUGCGGACGCCUGUCGCACUGGGCCUCCGCGACGCGUUCUCUCCGUGGUCUCCUUUUCCUCUGGUGAUUCUCUCGGUCCUUCUCCGUGCGAAAGAAUCUUCUUCUUUUCAGAGAAAACAGCAAAUGCUCUCUCCUGUCCCGGUACUUCUGCCGCGUCUUGUUACUCCGUCGCAGAGCUAUUCUGCACUUCUCCGGAUGCUGCGAUGUCCUUGGUUCUUUGGGUGUAUGUCCACCUGGAGAGACUCGCAACGUCCUGAUCUUGUUGUCGUAAAAGAUUUUGCUCACAUGCCUUUAUCCGGGGUGUUUUCUGUGGGCCGCCGUCUUUUCGUUUUCUUCCCCGUUUCUGCGUUGCCUCGCCUUCAUCUACGUUGUUCUUCUGGCCUUCACCGACAAGUCAUUUCAGAGCGUUUCUGCUUUCCUAGUGCCUCUCUCCUUUCAGAGAUCAUUCUGCUGUCUCCAUCCGUUCUCCUCGCUUCUCCGUCUCCUCUCUGUUUUCCUCACGUCUGUUUAUCUUCUCUCUACUCUGCUGCGGAGGUGCAUGCCGUCCCUCAGGUUUAACACAGUCGUCCAGUAAAGACGCCUUUCAGUUGUGAGCAAGCAGCCUAAGGCUAUCACGUCGGAUCCCUUCCACCGUUUAGACUUUCCUGCAAAUCCUACAGAAUGCCGUGCUCAGAAGAGGGCGGAUAGCGCGUUCAGAGUAUGGACUCUCUCAACACCAUACCGCAGACCAUCUGCAGUCGCUCACCCACCCCGCAGCGAGACACUCCCCAAAUGCGCGAAGAACAGCGACAGGAAACGAAUUCUCAGGGACUCACACGUGGAGGACCGUCGUCCGGCUCGAGUAGCACUCUCAGACAGGACUUGUG